UGGUAAGAGUCAUUCAGUGGAGAUCGAGCAGCCGCGACGAUCACACAAUCACGCAGGAUCAGUAACUUUCCAACGAGGCGCAUGUUGCGGUACUGCUAAGUCAAGAUUUGAUAACGACAAUAAUUCGCAGCAGUAACCACGACCAUGGCUAAGACAUUCUUAUUCAUUUUGGCGAUCUUGAUCAGUGGCCAGGCGACUUUCGGGUACCCCCGUGGUGACACGACACAACAGCACAUGCAAAAAUCCUGGCAAUAUGAACCGUAUUGGGAAAUACGUCAAAAACUAUUGUUGGAUGAAAAACGAGAGUCCCUGGGCGGUGAUCUGAAACUUAAUCUCAUCGAAGCCAAGGCCAAUGAUGUUCUAAUGAAGGCAAAAAAUCGAGAAAUCUACGACGGUUUUAUAACCGGCAACACCUUUCUGCCGUCGUUUAACUUUAUGGAAGUGAUACCGAAGAUUGAGAAGUCUGAGGUGUUCAAAAUCUUGCGCGACAUGCCUAAAGGUGCUGUUCUUCACGCUCACGAAUCCGCCAUGGCCUCAUUCGACUAUCGAUUCAAUUUGACUUAUCGCAAGAACCUAUACGUGUGCGAUAAGAACGGUUCUGUGCAAUUCAAUUUUUUUAAGAAACCUAACAACGAUUGCCGCUGGCAAUUACUGAGUGAUGUACGGAAAGAUCCGGCUCGGGCCAAAGAUAUUAAUGAGAAGAUCAAGCAAUCCAUGACGAUGAUUACGAAAGAUCCAAGAAACUCUUACCGUACCGUCAACGAGGCAUGGGAGAAGUUCAAUGACAUCUUCGACUCCUUGGGCUACAUAUCACAUCGUCCGACCUAUGAGGAUCUCUUUUAUCGUAAUCUCCAGGAACUUUACGAGGACAACGUGAUGUACGCGGAAAUACGAACGACAUUAUCGACAUUGUACGAUAGUUUUGACAACAAGUCAUACGGAGCAUUGGAAAAAGCACAAAUCCAGAAAAACGUCGUUGAUAGGUUUAUGAAGGAUCAUCCCGAUUUCAUCGGCGUUAAAAUUAUAUACGCGCCGAAUCGUAGUGCCGACCAGAGUAAAUUCGACUUCUAUCUGAAAACAUUGGAGCAGUUAAAGCAACGCUUACCGGACUUUAUAGCUGGCUUCGACUUGGUCGGCCAGGAAGAUAAAGGGAAACCCCUCAUCAAAUUUGCCGACAAAUUGAAAAGCGUUGAUCCGAGCAUUCCAUUCUUCUUCCAUUCCGGCGAGACCAACUGGAAUGGGGAAUCUACCGAUUUGAAUCUCUUCGACGCUAUUUUGUUAAACACCAAACGCAUUGGUCACGGAUACGCGUUAACGAAGCACCCACUCCUAUGGAAGUUCGUGCAGCAGUUAAAUAUAGCGGUGGAGGUCUGUCCUAUCUCAAAUCAGGUUCUUGGUCUUGUUGAAGACAUGCGGAAUCACCCUGCGGCUAAUUUAUUCGCAAAGGGAUCACCAGUGGUAGUCUCCAGCGAUGAUCCCGGAUUUUGGGGUGCCAAGGGACUGUCCUACGACUUUUACGAAGCCUUUAUGGGUAUUAUGAGUGCCAAUUCUGAUCUCAGAAGUCUCAAGCAACUGGCAAUGAAUUCGCUGAUCUACAGUAGCAUGAAUGAUCAAGAGAAGAAGAAAGCGUUGAGCCAAUGGCAAGUGAAAUGGAACGCCUUCAUAUUUAAACAGGCAAAAUCAGCCUAAUGACAACGAAUCGAAACAGCAAAUGCGAAAAAUACGAUAUGAGCAAAAAUAAAAGAAUAUUUUCAACAAAACAACAGAUGCUAUAUAAUUCGACAAUACAUAUCAGAAUAUUUAGAGGCAAUAUUUGUAAUGGAAUACUAAAACUGCGUAUUAACGUUACGGAAUUGUUAUCUUAUAGGAUAUUCUUAUCUAAGAAAUUCGUAUUUAAGAAUUUUAUAUAUGAAUUGCUAUGUCAUCACAUUCCUUAACGAUGCAUCUUAAAAAUGCAUUGCGUGAAAAUGUUUAUAAUGUGCCUAAAUACCCUACCGAAAAAAAUCACGAAGUUACAUAACGAAAUCAUGAAAUUAAAAUAUGUAAAUCAGGUAACGAAUUGUUCCAAAUCACUACGUGAUCUUUUAAAAUCGCAUAAUUUGAAAAAU